AUGGCCAUCAACGUAAAGCCUGUAGUCGGCCAGGGACUCGCGUCCUGCUGCACCGUCUUCUCCAUCAUCGCCAUCGUCAUCCUCGUCGCCCUCGGAUCCCUAUUCUCUCGUCGUGUCGAAGUCCUUACCGGAUCGACAAAAGACCCCGAAGACCCUGAUCUCGUCGCGUCAACGUGCUAUGCUGCCGCCGUGAUCUACGCCCUCUUUGUGGCUUUCUGUGGUGUCCAGAUGGCAGUGCACCGGCGAUACCCUAGAGGAGUACAGCUAUAA